AUGAUUGAUAUGACUCAUCCAGUUGAUGUCAAAAACUACUUGCUGCCUAAUAUGUACAAUUGGACGCUUGAUAAUAAGACGUCAAAUUUGAAUUUUACUCGCAAAGUCAUUCAUGCUAUUGAUCAUGAACCCAACUUUGAAAAUGAAAUUCGAAAUACAAAAUUCAUUGAAACUUGGACACAAUAUGAUGACAUCGAAAUAUAUACAAAUAUUGAUUUGGUUUCUGAUAUUUUUCGAAAUCCUCUUAUUCGAAACAAUACAAUAAUUGAUAUGUUCUUGCUCAAUGUACCUUUAGAACAACUAACCUUGCACAGUUUAUUUCCUUUUCUAUUCGAAAUUCUAUUUCAACCAAGUACUGAAGUUGUCAAUGCAAUACAGUCUAUUCUUCACGAUAUUGAAAACGGCUACACACUCACUUGUAUACAUUUGCGCAUGGGACAGAACCCGUCUAAUCCAUUGGAUGCUCGCUUUGAAGAUCGAGCUUCAGCCGCUGAAAAUAUACUAGAUUUCCUGAAUAGAACGAAUUUAAGAAAAAUGCAAAAUACACGAAUUUUUAUCGCAAGUGACUCUCAGCAAGCAUUGUCAAAAAUAGUUCGCGAAUUUCCAAAUCAAACUAUAACAAUACCUGGUCCAAUCAUUCAUGUUGAUCGUCCAGCUAAUGGUGUUCAUCGUCUUCAUGGAUUUCUUAAAGUAGUUACGGAUUUUUAUGUAUUAGGAGAAUGCCACAUGAGUAUUUUGACGGCUAGUGGAUUUUCGGCAUUAGCCAAUCGACGACGGACAGAACCAUAUCAAAAUUUAUUUAAAUAUGAUGGUUCGAAUCGGCGAAUUGAACGUUGCCACGAUAUCUACCAAGAUUCACAGCCGCCAAAAACAGUAAUCGUUGGAAAGUAUUGUAGAGUCGUUUUCAAUUGUUCUUCUCGCGAAAUGUGA